CUCGGGUAUCUUCGGUGCACCCCUGUAGUAUCUUCUUGUUUAAAUGAAAUAGUCUAAUAGCAAAGAUCUGAUCUGUUCCUCACUACCCCUUUUUCUCUUCCCUCUGGUAUUCGGAUCUCUCUGCACUGGUGAGAGAUGGCGCAAAUUUUACUCCAUGGGACUCUCCACGUCACGAUCUUUGAGGUGGAUAGGCUGAAGAGCAGUGGUGGCAAUAUCUUCAGCAAGCUGAAGGAAAAUUUUGAGGAGGCAGUUGGUUUUGGAAAAGGAGUUACUAAACUCUAUGCAACCAUCGAUCUUGAGAAGGCCAGAGUUGGAAGGACUAGAAUUCUAGAAAAUGAACAUUCCAACCCUCGGUGGUAUGAGUCUUUCCACAUUUAUUGCGCUCACAUGGCUUCCAAUAUUAUAUUCACUGUGAAAGAUGAUAAUCCUAUUGGAGCAACCUUAAUUGGAAGGGCAUAUGUGCCUGUUACGGAUAUCUUGGAUGGUGAUGAAAUAGACAGGUGGGUUGAAAUCUUGGAUGUGAACAAAAAUCCCAUUCAUGGUGGUUCAAAAAUCCACGUGAAACUGCAAUAUUUUGAUGUCACCAAAGAUCGCAGCUGGGCUCGUGGUGUUAGAAGUGCUAAAUUUCCCGGAGUUCCAUACACUUUCUUCUCACAGAGACAAGGAUGUAAGAUCUCUCUGUACCAAGAUGCUCACAUCCCAGAUAAUUUUGUCCCUGAAAUACCUCUUGCUGGAGGUGAGAAAUAUGUUCCUCAUCGAUGUUGGGAGGAUGUUUUUGAUGCUAUCACUAAUGCCAAGCACUUAAUAUACAUCACCGGUUGGUCUGUAUAUACUGAGAUCUCCUUGGUAAGGGAUAAAAGGAGGCCAAAGCCUGGGGGAGACAUAACAAUUGGUGAGCUCCUCAAGAAAAAGGCAAGUGAAGGUGUCAGGGUUUUAAUGCUUGUUUGGGAUGAUAGAACAUCUGUUGGUUUGUUAAAAAGAGAUGGAUUGAUGGCUACCCAUGAUGAAGAAACUGAGCAUUACUUCCAUGACACUGAUGUGCAUUGUGUUUUAUGCCCCCGCAAUCCUGAUGAUGGGGGAAGCAUCAUUCAGGACUUGCAAGUCUCUGCCAUGUUCACCCAUCAUCAGAAGAUUGUGGUGGUAGACAGUGAAUUGCCAAGUGGAGGAUCAGACCAGCGAAGAAUUGUUAGUUUUGUUGGGGGUAUUGACCUCUGUGAUGGUAGAUAUGAUACUCCAUUCCAUUCACUGUUCAGAACUCUGGACACAGCACACCAUGAUGACUUUCAUCAACCCAACUUUCCUGGUGCUGCUAUCACAAAAGGUGGUCCCAGGGAGCCUUGGCAUGACAUCCAUUCCCGGCUUGAAGGACCCAUUGCUUGGGAUGUUUUAUUUAACUUUGAACAAAGAUGGAGGAAGCAAGGUGGGAAGGAUGUGCUUGUUCAGUUGAGAGAGCUUCAAGAUGUCAUCAUUCCUCCAUCCCCAGUUAUGUUUCCUGAUGAUCAUGAGACAUGGAAUGUUCAGUUAUUUAGAUCUAUCGAUGGGGGAGCUGCUUUUGGGUUUCCAGAGACUCCUGAAGAUGCUGCCAAAGCUGGGCUCAUUAGUGGGAAGGAUAAUAUUAUUGAUCGUAGUAUUCAAGAUGCUUAUAUUCAUGCCAUUCGACGAGCAAAGGAUUUCAUCUAUAUUGAAAAUCAGUACUUCCUUGGAAGCUCUUUUGCUUGGAGCCCUGAGGGUAUCAAACCUGAGGACAUAAAUGCUUUACAUGUCAUCCCAAAGGAGCUUUCACUUAAAAUCGUCAGUAAGAUUGAAGCUGGGGAAAGAUUCACUGUAUAUGUUGUGAUCCCAAUGUGGCCAGAAGGUAUCCCAGAAAGUGCGUCAGUGCAGGCAAUAUUGGACUGGCAGAGGAGGACAAUGGAGAUGAUGUACAAAGAUGUUAUUCAGGCGCUUAGGGCCAAUGGAAUUGAAGAAGAUCCUCGUAACUAUUUGACAUUCUUCUGCCUUGGUAAUCGAGAGUUGAAGAAACCUGGAGAGUACCAACCUUCAGAAAGACCAGAUCCUGAUUCUGAUUAUUCGAGAGCUCAAGAGGCCCGGCGCUUCAUGAUCUAUGUUCAUGCCAAGAUGAUGAUAGUUGAUGAUGAGUACAUAAUCAUAGGAUCUGCCAACAUCAACCAGAGAUCAAUGGAUGGUGCCAGGGACUCCGAGAUUGCCAUGGGCGCUUAUCAACCAUAUCAUUUGGCUCACAGGCAGCCUGCACGGGGUCAGAUCCAUGGUUUCCGCUUGUCAUUGUGGUAUGAGCACCUUGGCAAGCUUGACGAUUCCUUCCUCCAGCCAGCAAGCGAAGAAUGUGUCAGGAAGGUGAACCGGAUGGCUGACAAGUACUGGGACCUCUAUUCAAGUGAGUCGCUGGAACAUGACCUUCCUGGACACCUGCUUCGCUACCCGAUCGGGAUUUCUGAAGAAGGAGAAAUCACAGAGGUGCCAGGAUUUGAAUUUUUCCCAGACACCAAGGCUCGUGUUCUCGGUGGCAAGGCUGACUACAUGCCACCAAUCCUCACAACUUAACUUAUUUCGUACUUGCUUCACAUAAACUUUUGCUGCUACAGAUUCAAUUUCUGGUUUCCUUACUAUAGUGGUUUGCUAAUGUAAUAAACACAUUGUAGCGUGUGAUUUCUCUCUGUAGAUGUCACUAUCUAGACGAGGAUGGCCAUGUCAGUUGAGUUCUUGGUGUUUCAGGUUCUGUGAUGAAUUGUUGUCGGGUUUUAUGACUGGAGCUGUUUGAUCUAAUACGAUGACUCGGUUUUAUUUUUCUGUA